CACUCCACAUAUCCUCUAUUCUGCUCUGCCCCAAUCCCUCUUACCUCGCAUAGUCCCCUCUUAAUCUCGAUGACUUUGGUUCACGAGACCUUUGUUGCUUCCUCUACCUCCCUCGACCUAUCAUCGCACUCCGUCUCUCGUCCUCGUCCUCGUCCCUGUCUCUAGCAAGAACCCUGCUUUGGUUGCAUAUACAUCCUGCUCCUGAUCCGUUUCUGUGGUUCUUGCUGGGCGUACGCCGUUUCGUCUGCCUGCUAGAACAGAUCCCGGCCGCUUGUUUGCUCAGCAAAAGGGUACAUAUCUAUACUGGGACCGUCGUUAACACGCAAUAUGCCUAGAGACGAUCUGUCCAUCGACUUCGUCAGGAGGAUGCCGACGGCCGAGGCCCUCGACCCGGCCAUUAUCCUCGACGACUGGCUCAACCGCGUUCAGAACCUUCCGGAAGAGAUUCGCUUCUUGCAGGAUGAAAUCGCCGACAGGGACCGGCAGUACGGCGACUGCGUCAAGCUGAUUGAUGACCGCGACGGAAAGAUACAGAAAUGGAUCAGGGCGAACGGCAGCCACGAGACGAACCCGCGCGAGCAGGGCAUGCGAUCUCAGAUGCGCGACAACUUCAUCCGUGCCGACCAGCUCGCCACGGAGAAGAUCGCCCUGACGCAGAAGCUGCAGAUCAUCAUGGAUAAACACCUGCGAAACCUCGACCAACACAUCAAGAUGCUAUACGACCGCGCCGAGCCAGGCUUCAACGAACCCGACGAAUGCCCCUCCCUCAUCCGGCCCAGCGCCGCGAACCACUCUGCCCCGUCAGGCCGAUCCAUCAACCCCGCGAGCCACCUCGUCGGCACAGCCAUCACCGCGACGCCGUUGAACCCGAUCAUCAACUCGUCGAGUCCGGUCACGGCCCGCGCAGGAAACCCCCAGAUCCGCAACGCCCAGUCCCAGCAACACGCCGCCUCGGCUCCUACGACGCCUGCCGCUAGCAUGAUAAUGAAUCGUCAAGCUCGGGAGAGUUCGGCAGGGCCGGGGAGCGGCGCGCCAAAGAGAGGACCGCGUUCCGUCUCCGGACUCGGCGCUCUUCCUGCGACGUCGAGCAGUCUGGCCAGACACUCCUCACUAGGCCCAGGCACGCCGAAAGGAACCACCCCCGGCGGACCGAACGGCACGGUGCGAGCAGGCAGCGCAGGGCCCAGAUCGUCAUCUACAAAGGCAUCGAGCGUCUCAGGCAUACGGAAAGGGACGCCGAGUGGCGCGGGCCGGAAGAAGCCGAUCAGCAGCAACAAGUCGUCCCUGUCCCGCGUGAAAAAGGCCGGAAGCCGCAACUCCCCAGCUUCGACGGCAGAUAGUGAGCUAUCGGAUGCCGAGAGCGGAAGCGGCGACGACGGCGACCACCGCAGCCGCGCAGACCGUACGAGCGGCACCCCUGCGCGCGAUCGCAAGGACGGCGACGGCGACGACAGCAUGCUCGACGCCGAAGAUGAUGAGGCUGGCGACGACAAGAAAUACUGCACGUGCCAGAACGUCAGCUUCGGUGACAUGGUGGCGUGCGACAAUGAGGAUUGCCCCUACGAGUGGUUCCACUGGUCGUGCGUCGGCCUUAAGAGCGAGCCGAACGGGACGUGGUAUUGUCCCGUGUGUACGGAGAACAUGGAGAAGCAGAAGAAGAAAUGAGGCUAUUACUGAGAGGAUAAGAAGAGAUGGCGGUGAUUCGAGCGUUUAUACCCCUUUUUCGGAGGUUGAGUGGGCGGCGUUUAGUAGCUUGAUUAUCAGGUUGAGGCUCUCGUGAAAACGAG